GUUGUACGGGGGCGCGCGCGCGCGCGUGCGGGAGGGGGCGGGUGGGGACGGCUCGCCGGCGAGAUCCUGAGGCGGAGGCUCGCGCGCCGGUCCCCGCCCUGGCCCCCAGCGCCCACCCGGUCGGCCCGGUUCAGCCAUGAUCAAGGCGAUCCUCAUCUUCAACAACCACGGGAAGCCGCGGCUCUCCAAGUUCUACCAGCCCUACAGUGAAGAUACACAACAGCAAAUCAUCAGGGAGACAUUCCAUUUGGUAUCCAAGAGAGAUGAGAAUGUUUGUAAUUUCCUAGAAGGAGGAUUGUUAAUCGGAGGAUCCGACAACAAACUGAUUUAUAGACAUUACGCGACGCUAUAUUUUGUCUUCUGUGUGGAUUCUUCAGAAAGUGAACUUGGCAUUUUAGACCUAAUACAAGUAUUUGUGGAAACAUUAGACAAGUGUUUUGAAAAUGUUUGUGAACUGGAUUUAAUUUUCCAUGUAGACAAGGUUCAUAACAUUCUUGCAGAAAUGGUGAUGGGGGGAAUGGUACUGGAGACCAACAUGAAUGAGAUCGUUACACAAAUUGAUGCACAAAAUAAACUGGAGAAAUCUGAGACCUUUAUCUUUCAAUCUCCCAGACAGGACAGGUAGACAAGCCAAUAGUUUACACUGGCCUAUUUUGUAUCAGUCAAGAUUUUUCUCAGGUAACAGCUUUAUUAUUAUUAUUCUAAUAAACAAGAGGUAGGAUUGUAUAAGAGGAAAAGAUGCAAAAUUUACAAAAAGGGACUUUACAGCUGGUGUUUCAGAUUACACAGACACUGUCUCUUCUAUAUAUAAUCUAAGCUGAUGAAAAAGGAGAUUUUUGUUGCCUACUUGUCUGCUUUUGUGCAAAGUGAUGUAUGCCACUGGAAUAAGAUAUGUUUGUUGGCUUUACUUUAUUAUGUUGCUGAAGUGGAAAUUGAUGAAAGCUAGUUGGCAUAUAAAUUGAACGUUAAAAAUUUGAAGAAUGCAGGUGUAGCUACUAGAGAAAAUUAUAUUGACACCUAUUUUUUCUUUCAAAAAUUGCAGGGUUUUUUUUUUUUCUACUAAGGUGAAAAUUAACUAUUAUUCUCUAAUAGUACUUGCUGGAAAUUUUUUAAUCCACUUAUUUAUACAACCUGUUGCAUUUUCUCUGUCCUUUCUCUGAAUGUGCAUAUUCUCAACUGAGCAUGUACCAUUAUUUAUAUGACAAUAUUUUUAAUGAUUACAUUCUCUCCAAUGCAUCAAAGAGUGUCAUGCUCUUUUUCUUAAAUUUUUAGUUUUAACAGAACUGUUCUCCUUGGACUGAGGCUUCAUUUUAAAAGCCUGAUUUUUUUUUUUUUUUUUUAGUGCUCUAGUACUUUAAAGGUUUAGCAGAAUCUCCACACUUUAAGAACUAAUCAGACAUUUUUUCACUCUUCUAAAGCAUUUGGGAUUUUACUCUAAGUAAAGAAAGUAAACAAACAUGAUCUAUUAUUCUCUGUUUUCAUUUUAUAGCACACACUGAUACUAAAUGCCAUUUUGCCAUAUUAAAAGCAAAGCACCCCCAAAUCUAUUGUGCAGAAGUAUUGCAAGAGGUGGAAAGAUGUAUAGAAUGUUUUGUGAUUACACUGUAAGUCAGUUAAACCAAGAUACAGGCUCUGUCAUUUGCCUAUUACAUGUAGUACUUAACUAGCACAGACGGGUUUGUGUUAGAAUCUUUACAUUAUUAUCAUUGCAUGUAUUCACUGUAUUUUUUAAUAUGUCAGUUGUUUUCUCUCUAGAUUAGUAUUUCAAAGCAUUCAUCCCAUACCAAUCCAAGCCACCAUCUAUCUGGUUCCUAUGCUUGUUAUAUGACAGUCUUUUAUCAUUGGCCUCCAUUUGAAUGUGUUUUGCUGAGCCCCACCUGAGUUGUACAUUUUCUUUUUCUCUUAUUUGCU